GUCUGGAUGUGGAUGGCAGGACAGAGGGGUGCCUGGACCAUGGGCGAUGUGGUAGAGAAGAGUUUGGAAGGGCCCCUGGCACCUUCUGCAGAUGAGACCUCUCAGAAAAGGGGAGACUUGGUGGAAAUCUUAAAUGGGGAUAAGGUAAAAUUUGACGACACGGGACUCUCCUUAAUUCUUCAAAAUGGCCUGGAGACCCUUCGAGGGGAAAAUGCUCUGACAGAUGUCAUCUUGUGUGUGGACAUUCAGGAAUUCGCCUGCCACCGCGUGGUGCUUGCCGCAGCCAGCAACUAUUUCAGGGCCAUGUUCUGCAAUGAUUUGAAGGAGAAGUAUGAGAAGAGGAUUAUCAUCAAAGGGGUCGAUGCAGAGACCAUGCACACUCUCCUGGACUACACCUAUACUAGCAAGGCGUUGAUCACCAAGCACAACGUCCAGCGGGUCCUGGAGGCUGCUAAUCUCUUCCAAUUCCUGAGGAUGGUGGAUGCCUGCGCCAGCUUCCUCACUGAAGCCUUGAACCCGGAAAACUGUGUUGGAAUACUGAGGCUGGCAGACACACACUCUCUGGACAGUCUAAAGAAGCAGGUUCAAAACUACAUCAUUCAAAAUUUUGUGCAGAUUCUGAACUCUGAGGAGUUCCUUGAACUUCCCGUGGACACUCUGUACUACAUCUUGAAGAGUGAUGACCUUUAUGUGACUGAGGAGGCUCAGGUGUUUGAGACUGUGAUGAGCUGGGUCCGACAUAAACAGUCAGAACGACUCUGCUUGCUCCCCUAUGUCCUCGAGAACGUGCGCUUACCGCUGCUGGACCCGUGGUACUUUGUGGACACAGUUGAAGCAGAUCCUCUCAUCAGGCAGUGCCCAGAGGUCUUCCCGCUGCUCCAGGAAGCCAGGAUGUACCACCUUUCUGGCAAUGAGAUCAUUUCAGAGCGCACCAAACCCAGGAUGCAUGAAUUCCAGUCUGAGGUGUUCAUGAUCAUUGGUGGCUGCACGAAGGAUGAACGGUUUGUGGCGGAGGUGACCUGCCUGGAUCCCCUGAGGCGCAGUCGCCUGGAAGUGGCCAAGCUCCCACUGACAGAGCACGAACUGGAGAGUGAGAAUAAGAAGUGGGUGGAGUUCGCAUGCGUGACAUUAAAAAAUGAGGUCUACAUCUCAGGCGGCAAAGAAACACAGCAUGAUGUUUGGAAAUAUAAUUCUUCAAUCAAUAAAUGGAUUCAGAUUGAGUAUUUAAACAUAGGCCGCUGGAGGCAUAAGAUGGUGGUGCUGGGUGGCAAGGUCUAUGUGAUUGGAGGUUUUGAUGGCUUACAGAGGAUCAACAACGUGGAGACCUAUGACCCCUUCCACAACUGCUGGUCAGAGGCCUCACCCCUCCUUGUCCAUGUCAGUUCCUUCGCUGCCACCAGCCAUAAGAAGAAGCUCUAUGUGAUUGGGGGAGGGCCCAAUGGGAAACUGGCCACCGACAAGACUCAGUGUUAUGACCCUGUGACCAACAAGUGGAAUUUAAAGUCGGCCAUGCCAGUAGAGGCUAAGUGCAUCAAUGCAGUGAGUUUCCGGGACCGCAUCUAUGUGGUUGGCGGGGCCAUGAGGGCGCUGUACGCCUACAGCCCUCUGGAGGACAGCUGGUGCCUGGUGACGCAGCUCAGCCACGAGCGGGCCAGCUGCGGCAUCGCGCCCUGCAACAACAAGCUGUACAUCACCGGCGGGCGGGACGAGAAGAACGAGGUCAUCGCCACGGUGCUGUGCUGGGACCCCGAGGCCCAGAAGCUGACAGAAGAGUGUGUCCUGCCCCGGGGGGUGUCACACCACGGCAGCGUCACCAUCAGGAAGUCGUACACUCACAUCCGGAGGAUUGUGCCAGGAGCCGUGUCUGUCUGACUGUGGGAGGGGGACUUGGAGGCCCUUCAGGGAGACACUUAGCGCUCAGUCCUCACCUCUCACCCUGUCCUGUCCCACUAAAGCCCCAAGCUCAGCUCGCCUUGUGGGCAUCUUGGAAGUCUCAGUUUUGGGACACUUGAGGCCAUCCAGGAAAGUCUGUGUGACCCUACCUCAGGAGGGGAGGUGGGAAGAAGAGUAAUAGUUAGCAAUUAGGACACACCUGCCCUAUGCCAGGUUCAAUGUCAGGCGCUACUGUACAUUAAUUCAUUUAACCUUCAUGAGGACCUGGUGACUGGAUGUGUACUGAGGCGAGGAAACGGAGUUUCUGCGAGGCUUAGCGUCUUGCCCCAGGCCACUCACACAGCACGUAGUUAAGUCAGGACUCUAACCCCAGGCUUUUCAACUCCAAAGCCAAUGCCCUUUCCCUCAUGCUGCCUCUCUCACACCAG